AUGCCAGGCCACGGUCGAUACACCACCGAAAAGGUGACUUAUCCAUCCCACGGCGAGACCGUCGCUGGAAUCCUUUAUCGUCCUACCAAUGUCUCCAACCCGCCUGGAGUGGUCGUCAUCGGACCCUAUUCCUUCAUUAAGGAGCAGGCGCCUUUGCAGUAUGCGACUCGGCUUGCCGACGAGGGCUAUGCAGCCUUGAUUUUCGAUCCGCGUACUGUUGGGGAAAGUUCUGGCCAGCCACGGCGACUAGAGAAUCCCAAAAUGAAGAACGAGGACGCCGUUGCCGGACUUGACUAUCUUGUGAGCCGAGACGACGUGGAUAAGUCAAGACUCUUCCUGGUAGGCAUCUGUCAAGGAGGCCCAGAAUCUCUCGAUAUUGCCUCGUACGAUGACCGCGUUGUUGGAGUGGCGUCGGUCUCUGGGUACUUCCGCGACCACGAGACCGAUAUCUACAUGAUUUGCGCCGGGUGCGUUGCCUGGGAACCGGGGGCGGAUAUUGGUGCCAUGAAGAUGCCAACCCCGGAGCAAGGGGAAGCACUUUACAACUCACGGAUCGAACGAGCCAAGAAAGCUCGUGAGUUGUAUGAGAAGACCGGAGAGGUGGUGUACCAGCCAUUGGUUGACCCAAAGGCUGCUGAUCCCUCGACUGGGUCACUUGCUGGCCUCCCGGGACCGGUUGUCUGGUCAUGGUACGGUCCUUGGACACUCAAGAACUUUGAGAAUCGAUAUGCCGUCAUGAGCGACCUGGAUCACUUUGGCUACACGACUGUUCCUGGGGUUGCCAAGCUUAAGAAGCCAGCCCUGAUCAUACACGGAGACAACUGCAUGAACGCUCCCGCAGCGAGACGCCAUUUCGAAUCUAUCCCGACAACGAACAAGAAGCUUAUCUGGAACAAUGACGUGUCGCACUUUCAACACUACGACCAGCCGGAUUGCGUCGACCGUAAUGUCGGGGAAAUCGCAGCCUGGUUCGCUAACUGUAAAUGA